AUGCAAGGUCAUUCUGGCGCUGUGUACUCCGUCUCAUUCUCUCCGGAUAACUCGCAAAUUGCCUCGGGCUCCGGGGACAACACCAUCCGGAUUUGGAACGUGGACACCGGAAAGGAAACCCGCAAGCCUUUACGGGGACACACGAGCGAGGUCUACUCGGUGUCGUUUUCCCCCGAUGGAAAGCGCCUUGCCUCUGGCUCAAUGGACCGCACCAUGCAGCUGUGGGACGUGCAGACAGGGCAGCAGAUCGGGCAGCCGCUCAGAGGGCAUACAUCCCUGGUUCUGUGUGUUGCAUUCUCACCCGAUGGCAACCGCAUCGUCUCGGGCUCAGCCGACAAAACGCUCCGACUCUGGGACGCGCAGACGGGACAGGCCAUCGGCGAGCCUCUACGGGGUCACUCUGACUAUGUUCAGAGCGUCGCCUUUUCACCGGAUGGGAAGCACAUCACCUCUGGGUCCGGCGACAGCACGAUUCGACUCUGGGACGCCGAGACAGGCGAGCCAGUCGGGGACCCGCUGCGAGGCCACGAUGGCUGGGUUUGGUCAGUCGCAUAUUCCCCCGAUGGCGCGCGCAUCGUCUCGGGCUCCUACGACAAGACGAUCCGGAUCUGGGACACUCAGACAAGGCAGACGGUGGUGGGGCCACUGCAAGGGCACAAAAAAGGUGUCUACUCCGUGGCAUUCUCGCCGGAUGGCCAGCACGUCGUCUCCGGCUCCGAAGACGGCACGAUGCGGAUAUGGGACGCGCAGACGGGACAGACAGUGGCGGGGCCUUGGGAAGCUCACGGUGGCGACUGGGGGGUUUGGUCUGUUGCGUUCUCUCCCGAUGGCAAGCGCCUCGUCUCGGGGGGUCAUGAUAAUGUGGUGAAAAUAUGGGAUGGAGAGGUCGAUUAG